UGCACUUUACAGCCACACUAAAACCUCACGGAAUUAAUCAAAAUAAAAAAAAUAUUAUUAUAUGUUAUUGUAAAUAAGUUUUUGAGUGAAAAUGGAAGUAGAAUACGACGACUCCGGCUGGCAGGGCCGCGCCAAAGCACAGUCAAACCCGGAGGAAAUGCUGGAGGACAACCCCCAGAAAACGAUUCAGGAGUGCCUGGAGAAGUUCCUGACACCCGACUACAUCAUGGAGCCGGGCAUAUUCACGCAGCUGAAGCGCUAUUUCCAGUCCGGAGGCUCUCCAGAGGAGGUUAUAUCGAUGCUAUCGGAGAACUAUAAGGCGGUGGCCCAGAUGGCCAACCUGCUCGCCGAGUGGCUCAUCCUGGCCGGCGUCAAGGUGACCGAGGUGCAGGCCAUGGUGGAGAACCACCUCAAGGAGAUGAUACUGAAGUCCUUCGACCCAAAGAAAGCGGACACCAUCUUCACCGAGGAAGGUGAGACGCCUGACUGGCUCACAGAGAUGAUCGACCACUACACGUGGCGCUCACUGAUCUACCGCCUGGCCGAGGAGUACCCCGACUGCUUGAUGCUCAACUUUACGAUCAAGUUGAUCUCGGACGCGGGAUUCCAGAGCGAGAUCACAUCCAUUUCGACGGCGGCUCAGCAGAUCGAGGUCUUUUCGCGGGUGCUCAAGACGUCGAUUGUCAAGUUUCUGAACAAUCCGGACGACGUGCAUGGCGCGAUUCAAGAGUGCGCCCGCAUGGUCUGCCACGGCCAGCACACCUACGUCUACUCUCAGGUGCUGAUCCAGGUACUCAGCCAGGAACAGAAGGGCGGAUUCAAUAUGAAGCGUCUCUCCCAGGAAAUCAUUAAAUACGCCUUGCAAAACAAUCAAAAUGUGACGCCUAUAACAAUGGCCCUAAAUGGUUCGGCGGUCUACCCACAGGCAUGUCAAGCCCUAACCUCCAUGCUCACCCGCAACACACUGAACCCCGCUGAUAUCACCGUGCUUUUCCGGAACUACUCUGGAUCCGAUCCGCCGCCUAUCGACUUAAUACGGAACCCUCAGUUCCUAGAGCUGUUAGUAGACGCCCUUUUCCGUUCCGGUGUUAAGAUUAACCCCGAGCACAAGCCGAAGUACAUGUUUCUGCUCGCCUACGCGUCAGCGGUUAUUGACCAGCCAGCCAAAAAGCGGCCCAUGACUGAACGCAUGCUAAACAAGGAGGAGCUGAAGAGCACCAUCCAAGCUAUCGAAAAGGCUCACACCAUCUGCAACGUGGACCAGGGUUCCACAGAGCUGAUCGCCGAGUUGCAGACGCUGUACAAUUGUAUCAAAUAUCCAGUGGUGGGCGUUGGUGUGAUUCGGUGGAUCGAAAACGUGGUAAUGGAGCCGUCCUACUUUAAGCUUUCCACCGACAGCUGUCCCACGCACUUGGCGGUCCUCGACGAGGUGGCGGCCGUGCAUCCCACCCUGCAGCAGCAGAUCCUAUUCCUGCUCAUUCGCCUGUUCGAGUCCAAGCAGGAUGAGUUGGAGAUUCUCGUGCAACUAGAGAUGAAGAAGAUGAUCUUGGACCGGAUGGUUAACUUGCUAACACGCGGCUGCGUUGUUCCCGUUCUCCGAUACAUUAAGCAAUGCUGUGCCAUAGAGGACACAGACAUUUCCUUAAUCCGGUAUUUUGUCACCGAGGUGCUCGAGACCAUCACACACCCAUAUUCGCCGGAGUUCGUGCAACUUUUCCUGCCAAUGGUUGAAAACGAGGAGAUCACAGGCACAAUGCGCGGCGAGGGCGACAACGAUCCUGUGUCCGAGUUUAUUGUUCACUGUAAGGCGCAUUACACGACUGUAUAGAAUGUAAUGUCAAAAAGUGUUUUAAGGCGACUUCCGUUCAAAGGUCUCCAAAAAUGUUUCAUUUUGAAAAAAUAGUUUUUCUAGAAAUUGCAAAUUAAGAACUAUUGAGGGUUUUUAGACGUGCGCCGUGUGUCUUUCUGCCUCGGGCAAUGAUCUUAAUUGAACCCAAAAGAUUUAUACAAAAAUAUAUACAAAAUUAUAAGAGCCCUGACAAGAAAACAAUCUAAGAAACAACAAAGAAAGCUAACUUAGGCAUGCCGAAGUUUACAUACCCUUGCAGCCUUCAAAAAAAUUAAAUAUUCUAUAAAACGACUAUAUUUCGAUUUUUAUGCGUUUGAAUAAACAUAAGUCGAUUUUUCGAUCUGCUUUUGAUCUUUCUCAUAUCAGUUAAAUGUAUAUGUCGUCCGAUUUUUUUUUAAAUUUAAACUGAAACUGUUUGAUAUUUUUAUGUCUAAUAAUCUAGACUUCUAAUAUAAUUUCGACUUAUACCUGCAAUAGAAAGAAGACUUUUAAUGUGCAUUACAUAGCUUUAAAACUAAGAGACUGUUUGCGUAGAAGCGGACAGAAAGGAAUGCUAGAUCGACCCUCCUGUGGUUGCUGAUAAAAAAUAUAUAUACUUUAUGGGCUCAAAAAUGCCUUCUCCACUGCAAUAUUUUGACUUAAACUACAAUACCUCUGCAAGGGUAUAAUGAGAUAUUAAAACGCGCUUAGUCAGAGUCUCUUACAUCAAAUUUAAUUCAUCUUGAGACACCAUUUGCAAUUGGUUGAUUGCCCAAACCUAUAAAAGGUGCGGCUUCAAAGCGUUAAAAAAAUACCUAAAUUAUAUUUAAUUCUUAAAUUUUCUUUUAAUUAUUGUUCAUCACCAAUUUAAUAUCUUCGAAUCUACAAAACUUAAGUGGUAACAUGGAAAUCGCGGGCCGAAAACCAGCACUUCCAAUCGUUUUUUAAAAAAUAAUUAAAAUCCAAAUUGAUGUUAAGCCAAUUUGGUCUUAAAGUAAUUUGUAUUUCCAAAUUUGCCCAUUAUUUCCCAAGUCUACAAAAAAAAUACAAAAACCAUCCGGUGGAUUUCAUAACUGGUGAUGGAUUUUACCAAUCUAUAAAAAUUUAAUGAACAAAGGACAAGUUUACCCAUUAAUUUGUCUGAUUUUUUCAUUUUGAAAGUUAGCUAAGAUUAUAAAAUCCUUUGUUCAAUUAGUGAUGUAAUCUUAAAUAUGUUUAAAGAAUUUAAUAAAAUUGGUUUAAAUCUUUUUGAUUGAAAGUGUCCUCCGGCUAA